AUGGUAUGCUGACAUCUGGGCCAAGGUUUUACCCUGAGGAAGAUGGGACUCAGAAUUGGAAUGAGAUCAGCUACUCCGGUGAGGUUCGUCCCUAAUCAAUUGGAAAAGUUUCCAGCGCGAUACCAUACUUGCGCCAAAGGCUUUCAUUUAAAUUUCUAAAAAAAUUGCCCCCUGUAAGCGAGUCGUUAAGAAGAAAAGGAAUAGGGAAAUUAUUUAUACAAGAAAGAAAAGAAUUGAUGAUUGUGUGAAAAGAGAAAUGAAAGAUUUUGUAAAGUUAGGCUUUGCCUUUCAGGAUUCAUCAAGAGGAAGACAGUUGAGAGUAAAUUAUAAAUAA